AUGUCAUCGAACUCAGUCUCUAGUCCUCGGAAAUUUCUUUCAAAGAAACCAUCUCUCUCCAUUUUAUCAGGGUCAAAUAUUAACAAACUGAAUAACAUGGGGAACAAUCUUUCCGGAAAACCAAUUAAGGAGAGAGUGGUUAGCAAAAGUACUGGACUGAUAAAACUUUCAUUAGACCGCAAGUAUUUGCCAAAUUCCAGUAUCACUCAGAAAGAGAACCCACGGGCUGAGCGCAAGGGUUUACCAAUUUACAUCCCCGUGAGGAAGUCCUCAGAAAAUUUGAAUAUAUUGAACAGUAAGAAGGCAAAAGCUUCACAAAUUGAAAGAAACACACAGCAUGAGCUCACAGAUGAGCAGAGCAAGUCUUUACUAUUUAGACUUGCUUCGAAGCAGAGAACUGUUUUAGAUCUUAAAGAAAAGCUUCAAAUAACGGAGAAGGAACUUCAGGAUUUGGAAUUACAAUACAGGAUAUGCUUUGAUACUCAUGUGAAUUCAGGAAUAGAUAUUCAAAAUGAUAAUAAUCCUAUGAAAAAACCGUCUAUGAUUCGUCUUAAAGCUAAUCUCGAGAAAAAGGCAUCGAAGUUUAACUUUAUAGUGAAUGAUGGAGACACUGUCGUGGAUAAUUCAAAGCAAAACAUAAUAGACGGACUAAACAAGAUUUCCGAGAAUAUGUCAAAAAAUGAACUUUUUAUUAAAGGAAAGACUAUUUUGAACAAUAUGAACAGGGAAAAUGAAAAGUGGAUUAAUCAGAAAAGAAAAGAAUUAGUAAAAAGACUGCAAGGAUCUUCUCUUCUCAACCAAAAAGGAAUUUUGGAUACUGUUCGUGACCGAAUAGUGUACAAGAAACCUAAGACAAAGAUAAGUCAAAUAUUCGAGGCAGUAAUUGAAGGAGCCAAUAAACAGCGGAAAGAAGAUACAUCCGAUUUCGGUGAAGAUGGGCUAGAUGAGAUACCUGCAUAUUUAGACUAUGAUAUGCCAACUGAACUGAAAAGGGCAGAAGAGAGAAGCUUCCGAAAGAAAAUUAAAGGGACAAUUAUGUAUAACGAGGAAUCAGCAAAAUUUAAGAGAACCCCACGACUUCCAAGACGGCAUUAUUUGUGUGAGUUUCCUAGUGACUCAGAAAAUGAAGAGGAAGAUUACGGUGGAGAGGUGAUAAGAUACGUUUGA